AUGUCGCGACCCAUACUGCCUACCAUCACGGUCCGAUUCAGCUCACACUCGCCCUUGGGCGCACCGCCCGCCAAUGCCCGCAAGCCCGUCACCAUCAAUACGCUCCAGAGCCUCUAUCGGAAGAACGAACCGAUCACCAUGAUCACCGCCCACGACUUUCCGAGUGCCCAUGUCGCCGAUCAUGCCGGUAUGGAUAUGAUAUUAGUUGGGGAUAGCUUGGCCAUGGUCGCGCUGGGCAUGGAGGAUACUAGUGAAGUCUUGAUGGAGGAGAUGAUACUGCACUGUCGGUCUGUGGCUCGCGCGACCAAGGGUGCUUUUACAGUUGGUGACCUACCAAUGGGCACCUACGAGAUCAGCCCCGAGCAAGCCCUCGCCUCUGCCAUCCGCAUGAUCAAAGAAGGCCGCGUCAAGUCCGUCAAACUCGAAGGCGGAAAGGAAAUGGCACCCACCAUAUCCAAGAUCACCUCAGCCGGGAUACCCGUCCUUGCCCACGUCGGCCUCACCCCUCAACGCCAGAAUGCCCUGGGUGGCUUCCGCGUCCAGGGAAAGAGCACCGCCUCAGCGCUCAACCUGCUUGAAGACGCGAAGGCUGUGCAGGAAGCUGGCGCAUAUGCCGUUGUUCUCGAAGCGGUCCCAGCUGAGGUCGCUGCCCUAGUGACCAAGAAGCUCAGCAUCCCGACCAUUGGUAUCGGUGCUGGAAAUGGUUGCUCAGGCCAGGUGCUAGUGCAGGUAGAUAUGAUGGGUAACUUCCCGCCUGGGCGCUUCCUGCCCAAGUUCGUUAAGCAGUACGGUAAUAUUUGGGCGGAGGCGAUGAGAGCUAUACAGGAGUACAAGGCGGAAGUCAAGAGCAGAGCGUACCCAGCUGCUGAGCACACUUACCCCAUGUCCCAGGAGGUAUUCUCUGAUUUCGAGCGUCAGGUCGAGGGAAAGCGAAAAGAGCACAAAGCUGAAGCGGAAGAGGGGAAGGCCAGAUCAAAAGAGGGGAAACCCGAAGUACCCGAAGUAUUCGACAAGCUGCCGAACGUCCCCUCGUAG